GGACCGGGGGGCGGGCCCGCGAAGUGAAAUCGAAAGGGGUCGGAGCCGGGCUCCCGCGGACAGACAGACCCGGACCAUGGCCAAGGCCUGCGCUGUGAAAGUCAGCGGGGAGUCCCGCCGGCAGGUCGAGCUCUUCAGGGAAUCUCUCUUCAAGGAGGCUGAGCAAUUCCUGUCAACAUUUUUACCCCAAAAAAUCUUUCACCUGGACAAGUUCCUGAAGGAGGAUUCAUUGAACAUCAAGGACCUCUCGACCCUCCGGGCCCCCCUGGAUAUCCCCAUCCCUGACCCGCCCCCCAAGGAUGAGGAUGAGGACUCUAGUAACAUGGAGACAGAUAAGGAGGAGAAGAAGGAGGCUCCCAAAUGUGGCUACCUGAAGGGCAACGAGGCCAUGGUGACGCUGCUGGGCCGGGUCAAGCCGGAGGUGCGGGAGCUGAAGGAGAAAUGUGUUUUGGUCAUCACCUGGAUCCAUCACCUCAUCCCCAGAAUUGAGGACGGGAAUGAUUUUGGGGUGGCCAUUCAGGAGAAGGUGCUGGAGCGGGUGACGGCCAUCAAGACCAAGGUCGAGGGCUUCCAGACAGCCAUUUCCAAAUAUUUCUCUGAGCGAGGAGAUGCUGUGGCGAAGGCUUCGAAGGAGACCCACGUGAUGGAUUACCGCACUCUGGUACACGAGCGGGACGAGGUGAUCUAUGGGGAGAUCCGGACCAUGCUGCUGGACAUUCGGGGCUUCUAUGCCGAGGUCUAUCACAUCCUCACCCAGAACCUGGAGAAGCUGACAAACCCCAAGGGCGAGGAGAAGCCGUCCAUGUACUGAGGGGCCCGGGGCGCCUGCCCCCCAGCGGGGGAGGGGCCGGAGCCAGACUGCAAAUAAACACCCCCCCCCCCAA